AUGUCAUCGGAGCCGUUGAUUCAACCUUCGGAUAGAGCGUCAUCAUCGUCCCAGCAAUGCGGCGAACCUCCGAGGAUUUUCGAGGACCUGCCAAAAGCCAGUAUCGUAUCCGUUUCGCGGCCGGAGACCGGUGAAAUAAGUCCGAUUCUCCUUUCGUAUACAAUUGAGUUGCAGUAUAAACAGUUCAAGUGGCGUUUGAGGAAGAAAGCAUCACAAGUUCUCUAUUUACAGUUUGCAUUGCGGAAACGUGCAAUAAUUGAAGAAUUUCAUGACAAGCAAGAACAGGUAAAAGAGUGGCUUCAUAGCUUAGGAAUAGUAGAUCAAACAGUAAUGGUGCAAGAUGAUGAAGAACCUGAUGAUGGAGAUGUACCAAUACAUCAUGAAGACAGUGUUAAAAACAGAUAUGUCCCAUCAGUUGCUGCCCUAUCAAUAAUUCGUCCGUCACUAAGGGGCCAGCAGUCGGUUGCAGACAGAGCCAAAGUUACAAUGCAGAAUUAUUUGGAUCUCUUUUUAGGAAACCUAGAGAUUGUGAAUUCUCGAGAGGUCUGCAAGUUUUUGGAGGUCUCCAAGCUAUCUUUUUUACAAGAGUAUGGUCCAAAAUUGAGAGAGGGAUAUGUAACUGUGAAGCAUUUGUUAAAUAUUUCUCAGGAUUCAGAUGUAUGGGCUGUUUUGAAACCUGGGUUUUUGGCCUUGCUGGAUGAUCCCUUCAAUAACAAGCCACUGGAUAUAAUUAUGUUUGAUGUCCUUCCAUCCUCACCCGGAAAAGGAGAGACCAAAAUAUAUUUAGCUGAACCUAUAAAGGAACGCAAUCCUUUGCGUUACACAUUUAAGGUUACUAGUGGAAACAGAAGUAUAUGCUUGAGAACUAUCAGCAGUGCUAAAGUUCAAACUUGGGUUACUGCAAUUAAUGAAGCUGGUCUAAGACCUAUGGAGGGUGGGUGUUGUCCUCAUCGCUUUGGUUCAUUUGCUCCCAUAAGAGGUUUGACUGUAGAUGGGAGCCAAGCCCAAUGGUUUGUAGAUGGAGAAGCAGCAUUUGAAGCAAUUGCUUCUUCAAUUCAAGAUGCAAAAUCAGAGAUCUUCAUAACAGGUUGGUGGCUGUGCCCAGAGCUAUACCUGAGGCGGCCUUUUGAUAGUUUUCCUACCUGUAGGUUAGACUCUUUAUUGGAAGAAAAAGCUAAACAAGGGGUCCAGAUCUAUGUGCUUCUCUACAAGGAGGUUUCUAUAGCUUUGAAAAUCAACAGCUUGUACAGUAUGAGAAGACUGCUAAAAAUUCAUGAAAAUGUGAGGGUAUUACGCUCUCCCGACCAUUUUGCUUCUCGUGUGUAUUUAUGGUCGCACCAUGAAAAGCUUGUAAUUAUUGAUUACAAGGUUUGCUUUCUUGGAGGAUUAGACUUAAGCUUUGGACGAUUUGACACACCUGAACACAAAGUGGGUGAUAGCCCUUCUGUAAUAUGGCCCGGAAAGGACUAUUACAAUCCAAGAGAAUCUGAACCAAACUCAUGGGAAGACACCAUGACAGAUGAAUUCGAUCGCCAAAAAUAUCCACGUAUGCCAUGGCAUGAUGUCCAUUGUGCUCUCUGGGGACCUCCCUGCCGUGACAUUGCUCGGCACUUUGUUCAACGUUGGAAUCAUGCUAGGAGAACUAAAGCUCCAAAUCAACAUGAAAUUCCUUUACUUAUGCCUCACCAUCACAUGGUCAUCCCACAUUACAUGGGAAGAAGCAAAGAGAUUGACAUUGAUGAUAAGAAAGAUGAAGACAACAAAAAAGAAAUUGACAGGCAGGAUUCAUUCUCCUUACAAUCUCCAUUGCAAGAUAUACCGUUACUUUUACCUCAAGAAGCUGAUGGAGCAGUUACUUCAAACGGAGAUGAUAGAAAUUCCAGUGAAAGUUCUCCAUUAUUGUCUCAAAAUCUGGCAGAUGAUUGGUGGGAAACACCUGAAAGUGCCAAUGACGCCUCUACUUUGGAAUAUGAACAAGUUGGCCCACGUACUACUGGUCACUGUCAGGUAAUCAGAAGUGUAAGCCAGUGGUCUGUUGGAGCAAGUCAACCUGAAGAAAGCAUUCACACUGCAUAUUGUUCUCUUAUUGAAAAGGCAAAGCAUUUUAUUUACAUUGAGAACCAAUUUUUCGUAUCAGGUCUAGCAAUGGAUGACACUAUACAGAACCGUAUUUUGGAAGCAAUAUACAGGCGUAUUUUGCAAGCUCACAAAGAACAGGAAGACUUUAGAGUUAUAAUUGUGAUGCCCCUCUUGCCUGGCUUCCAGGGUGGUCUGGAUGAUAGUGGUGCUGCAACUGUGAGAGCCUUGACACAUUGGCAGUACAGAACAAUUUCUAGAGAAAAGCACUCCAUAUUACACAAUCUUGAAGCUAUUCUUGGUCGUAAGACACAUGACUAUAUUUCCUUUUAUGGUCUAAGAUCUCAUGGUAGGCUUUACCCAGAUGGUCCUAUGGCUACAAGUCAGGUAUAUGUGCACAGUAAGUUGAUGAUAAUUGAUGACCGUGUAGCUUUGAUUGGAUCAUCUAAUAUAAAUGACCGGAGUUUGCUUGGAUCAAGAGAUUCUGAGAUUGGAGUGGUUAUAGAGGACAAAGAAUAUGUUGAAUCAUUGAUGAAUGGAAAGCCAUGGAAGGCUGGUAAAUUUUCCCAUAGCCUCCGCUGUUCCCUGUGGUCUGAACAUCUUGGUCUUCAUACUGGAGAGAUUAAUAAAAUCAAUGAUCCAGUGGCAGAUUCAACUUACAAGGAUUUGUGGUCAGCAACUGCAAAGGAAAAUACUAGAAUAUACCAUGAAAUCUUUUCUUGCAUUCCCAAUGAUCAGAUACACUCAAGAGCCACACUUCGGCAAAGCAUGGUCCACUGGAAAGAAAAACUUGGCCAAACCACCAUUGAUUUGGGAAUAGCCCCUGACAAGUUAAUCUGUCACGAAAAUGGAGAAAGAAAAAUAAUAGACCCAAUAGAUAGAUUGAAGUGUAUAAAGGGACAUCUUGUUUCCUUUCCUUUGGAUUUCAUGUGCGAGGAAGAUUUAAGACCAGCUGUUAUUGAAAGUGAGUUUUAUGUAUCGCCUCAAGUGUAUCAUUAA